GCAGCGAAGUGACAGGGGAAGUGUUUCCGGCGCAGCGUGUGACGUAUUUCCUGCGGCUGACCCCUCGCCUGUCCUUCUGUUUGAUUCUGAUCUGCUGAGCUGACAUGGUGCUGGAGGAAGAGAGAGUUCUGGAGGGCGAGCCCGAGGAGGAAGAAGAAGAGGAGGAGGAGGAGGAUUUGGUGGAUCCCCUAACAACAGUAAGGGAGCACUGUGAGCAGAGUGAGAAAUGCGUGAAGGCUCGAGAGCGGCUGGAGAUAUGUGAGACGCGUAUCAACUCUCGCUCUCACACGGAGGAAGAAUGCACUGAAGAAUUGUUUGAUUUCCUCCAUGCUCGGGACCACUGUGUUGCCCAUAAAGUGUUUAAACAUAUAAAGUAGAUGUUCUUCAUGAAACCUCCUGUCUCCUGCUUCCUGAAUCAGGCGUGUUAUGGCUUUUGUGAACCAUCGUGCUGUGGGUCGAACCUUGCAGAUCUGCUGUCAGUAUAGUAUUCCGAAGCCUAUACCAACAUCCUCAGCUCGCUGCACUGUCCGCAGAUUAUUGCAAACAAACUACUGUGACUCUCCUUAAUAAAGAUGUUGUUUGAAUUGUA